AUGAACGCAGAACUUUGUGAACAGGAUAUGAGUUAUGGGUUUUGGAUGUCAAAAAGCAAGAUUACACAAAACUUAACUAUUCAAACUAUUCAAGAUAAUAAUUCUCUCACUAUAUCUAAUAUAGAACCUACUUUCAACGUAAAAUCUAUUUUUCAUGUAGAACUGACUAAUCAAGCACUCCAGAGUGACACAAAUGAAGAAAUAGCCGAAUCAAGUAACCAACUUCAAGAUUCUGCAAAUGAAGAUGAGAUUGUUAGCUAUAUAAAUGCUUCUAAUGAAAUUGUAAAUCUUUGUGUUGGUUAUGUCUUUGAAUCAUGA